AAGCAAAACCAUUUAAAGGGCGCCUGCUUGAUAAAUUUAUGAACCAGUUAAUGCUCUAAAUAAUGAUCAAACUGGGAAAUGAAAAUUUGUAGAUUUCCCUUAAUCAAAUCGUCCUUUUUUUCAGCACCCAACUAUCCAACCUUCCUGAUCCGGCCUAAUACUACCUUGUCGGCAAACGACCAAAGCUCUCUCUCUAACCCAAACUCCACAACUCUUUCCAUUGCUAUUCAACAUUUCAUUAACUCAGAUACCCCUUUUCAUGGCCAAAAGAUACAUGCCCACAUUAUAAAAUCUGGGUUUUCUCCUAAUACCAAUAUUUCUAUCAAACUCCUUAUAUUGUAUCUAAAAACCGGGUGCCUUAAAUAUGCCAGCCAAAUGUUCGAUGAAUUGCCGCUGCAUACUUUGUCCGCUUACAAUUAUUUAAUUGGCGGGUACCUGAAACACGGGAAAGUUCAGGAGUCACUUAGUUUGGUUCGUAGGAUGGUUUAUUCAGGUGAAAAGCCUGAUGGAUUCACAUUUUCGAUGAUUUUAAAGGCUUCUGCUUCUGCUUCUGCUUGUGGGAGUAGUAGGGUGAUGUUACCGCGGUUUUUAGGAAAGAUGGCCCAUGCCCAGAUGGUGAAAUUAGAUGUGGAGCCUGAUGAAGUGCUUUACACAGCGCUGCUUCACUCGUAUGUGAAAAUUGGAAAGUUUCAAUAUGCGAGGACUGUUUUUGAUAUGAUGUCGGAAAAUAAUGUGGUUUGCUCAACGGCGUUGAUCACUGGAUACAUGAACAAUGGAUCAGUGGAGGAGGCUGAAAAUGUGUUUAACGAAACAAUUGAAAAAGAUGUGGUAGUUUUCAAUGCAAUGAUCGAAGGUUACAGUAAAUCGGUUGAAUCUGCUAAGAAAGGAAUUGAGAUUUUUGUUGAUAUGCAACGGUUGAGUUUCAGGCCUAAUAUUUCAACUUUUGCGAGUGUAAUUGGGGUUUGUUCUGUUUUAUCAGCAGUUGAGAUAGGUCAACAAGUUCAAGGUCAAAUAAUGAAGACCGAGUUCUUUGUGGACAUAAAGAUUGCGAGUGCUCUUGUUGAUAUGCAUGCAAAAUGUGGAAGAAUUGAGGAUGCCAGAAGAGUUUUUGACUAUAUGCCGGAGAAGAAUGUUUUCACAUGGACCUCCAUGAUUGAUGGAUAUGGGAAGAAUGGGAACUCCAAUGAAGCGCUCGAGCUGUUCUAUGUGAUGCAAGAAUGUUGUGUCGAACCAAAUGAUGUUACAUUCCUUAGCGCUCUCUCUGCUUGUGGACAUGCCGGCUUGCUUGCCAAAGGCCGUGAAAUCUUUGAGAGUAUGGAGAGAGAUUAUUCAAUAAAACCGAAGAUGGAGCACUAUGCUUGCAUGGUUGACCUUCUGGGACGUGCAGGGCGUUUAGAUCUAGCAUGGGAACUUGUAAUGGGGAUGACUCAGAAGCCCAGUUCCGAUGUGUGGGCAGCUUUGCUCAGUUCUUGCAGGCUGUAUGGCGAUGUACAAAUGGCUAGCUUAGCUGCCAACGAACUUUGUAAGUUAAACGCUGAAAGCAGGCCAGGGGCAUUUGUCGCAUUGUCAAAUACUCUGGCAGCUGCUGGAAAAUGGGAUGGUGUGAGUGAGUUGAGGGAGAUGAUGAAGGUUAGAGGGAUGUCAAAAGAUACUGCCUGCAGUUGGGUGGGGAAUGAUGUGGUUUAUAAUGUUUCAUCUUCCUAAAGCUAUUUCAGGUUUUGUCCCACAGUCACCAUGGUCCUUGAAUGCUUGAAUACAAGUAAUUUUCACUCAGUUGCACCAGAACAGGUUGAUUAGUAAUUUCAGAAACAUGUAUCUGAGAUUUAAAACUGCUGCAUGAAAGUCAAUUUCAAUCCUUGAGCAGUAUCCACAUGAUGGUGGAAUGUUUUCCUUACGUCUUUGCUUUAUUGAAGAUAAUCAUGGGAGGCCGUCCAGCCCACACUGAGGAAGGUG